CGCAUGCUCAGUGGCUCACGGAGCGGCCAAGGAGAGGGGUGUGUUGCUGCGGGGUUCUGGCGGAUGGCGCUCUCUGGGGCCACGAGACUGCUGUGGCGGGAGAGGCUGCGCUGGGGGCCGGCCGUCUCUCGGCUGGGUUGCAGACAAAAAUCAUCUCCCAGUUUCCUUAACCGGACAGAUCUUCCAAAACUCGCCUAUCAUAAACUAAAAGGAAAGAACCCUGGAGUUGUCUUCCUCCCAGGCCUUUUUUCAAACAUGAAUGGUGAAAAAGCAAUUGCACUGGAAGACUACUGUAAAUCAGUUGGCCAUGCUUUUGUCAGGUUUGAUUACAGAGGUUGCGGAGGUUCAGAUGGCAGUACUAAAGAAAGUACAUUGGGAAAGUGGCGGAAGGAUGUUCUGUCCAUACUGGAUGAACUCACACAAGGGCCACAGAUUUUAGUUGGCUCCAGCCUGGGUGGAUGGCUGAUGCUUCAUGCUGCAAUUGCCCGUCCCGAAAAGGUAGCUGCAUUAGUUGGAGUAGCUGUAGCAGCAGACCAUUUAGUAGCAACUUUUCAGCAGCUUUCUGUAGAGGUCAAAAAAGAAAUAGAAGAAAAAGGUGAAUGGAGGAUGCCAACCAAGCACAACGAAGAGGGGUUUUACUCUGUGCCGUACGAACUCAUUCAAGAAGCAGAAAAUCACUGUGUUUUGAAUAGUCCGCUUCCCAUAAAGUGUCCUGUGCGACUCAUUCAUGGCCUGAAGGAUGAUGAUGUGCCAUGGCAGAUCUCCAUGAAAAUUGCUGAGUGUGUUGUUGGCGGAGAUGUGGAUGUUAUUCUCCGCAAAGGUGGUAGUCAUCGGAUGAAGGAGAAGGAGGACAUCAAGCUUAUUGUAUACACUGUGGAAGACUUGAUUGAGCAAUUGAGCACCUAGCAUCAGGAGCACAGGGUUGAAACGUUUCAGUCUGGAAGAAAAUCAGUUCAGAGCAUGACUCUUCAACUAGAGAGAUCUGGAGCUUUAAAAAUAUUUUCUUACCCUUUAAAAUUUGUUGGUAAAUACAGCUAUCUUCUUAAUGCUGCAUUUGCACAAAUACAAAAUGUGAAGGCAAGCUGCUGUUUAAUCCUUUAAUGCCCAAAACAAAUCACCAUUGACCUUUAUGCAAUAUGCAUCUUACCUUUUCAUACCCAGGUAUAUGUGUGCCAAUAAUUUCUGCCUUUUACCUUGUAAUACAAUGUGACUUUUCCAUCCCUUUUUUACACCUUUAAUAAAUAUGCAUAAUAAUACUUUUUCUGCUUCAGUUGUGAAAUGCAACCUAAAAGUCCCUAAAAUGUAUCCAAAUUACUCGUGCAUUAUUUCUCCUCCAAAUGAAGAUUUGCUGUGUGGGACAGAGGUUUUUUUUUUAGAGUGUUUCUUCAUGUUACUCCUUACAUGCCAGGCUUAUAUUUUGAUGAAGUGGUUCACUAAGGAAAGACAAAAACAAUUGCAUGACAUAACACAUCUGUGCAUUGAACAGAAUGAGUCCUUAUUCCCAAUGUGUUUAAGGGUUGUUCAAUGUAUUGCAGCAGAGAGAGAGAGCUCUUAUAGAUACCAAUGGGAAGGGGUAAAUUCCUUCCUUACCUAUGCUUCUUCCACUGCUUGAUUUUAAUUAGGAAAGAUGGUACAUAAUAUUUUUUCAGGGAAUAAUAUGACAUGACAUGCAUAUAUUUAGGCCCUUAGAGUCAAACUGUGUGAUGUUUUACAGAUGUCCUGUUGAAUGCAGCUUUUCAUUUGGAAUUACAUGUAGGAUAGUAUUAAGUCAUAAAUGUGCUUUACAUGGAAGCUAGUAAGAGAUCUUGUUAGAGACUACUACUCCUUUUUUUGUAAACUUUUACUAGUGCUUUGCCGGAGAACACAUUGAUGGAGUGGACUUCUCUAUAUUUCCUAAGCAUGAGAAAGUUGACAAACUUGUGACUGUAAAUACAUUUUAGCCAUUGGUUAAGGCCCUCAGUCUUUCCAAUGAACAAGCAUGGGUGAUAACACUUGUAAAUAUUUGGUUUGAUGUAAGUAAUGCUAGUUUAAACUGACAACGUUUUCAGUGAAAUACUGCUGUUCUGUCAAUAGUUUUGAAUAGGCAUUAUCACUAUGCCCAUGUAAAAAAAAGUAUUUCUCACAUACCUUACCAAAUUUUCUCUUAUAGGAUGUAUGUACUUUCCCUUGAGCAAAGGGGAAGCAGAUCUUGUGAUGCUAUUAUUCAGUUUUGCCAACAGCAAAAGGUUGCUUGCACACUGUCGACACUUUGAUGUGCAUUUCUUAAGAUGAAAUUAUUCAUAUUUCAAGCCAUAUAAUCAGAGUCACUUCAGCUGUGAAGAAAGGGUUAUCCACAUAUUACACCAUUAAAGGUCCAAGUGUAUGAUGAGUUUGCUGCAGUGAAACCUUCACUGACAAGAGAUUCCUAUUGUUAGUUGUUACAAGUAGAAUUGGCCAAGAAGAUGGCAUUUCUUUAAGGGAUAAGUUCUCUUUGCACAUCAAAGGCCAUUUCACUGGAUUCUGCAUGCAAUCAUUUCAAUUAUGUGUUCUAAAUUGCAUGCCACACUUCUAAUUUCAAAUCUGACUUCUAAAAAAUAUCUCAGUAGGUGCUAAUCCCACUAGGACUUUUCAUCUUUGGGUCUGGUGAUGUGCCUUAUGGAUUUUUAGCAUUUUGUAUUUCGUUUCUCUGAAGCAAAGCUUUCUUUUUUUGUGUGUCAGGAGCGACUUUAGAAACUGCCAAGUUGCUACUGGAGCAAAGCAAAAAGUUAUUUAAUAAGUUUGAGAAACAAGAUGAUGCAUGCCUUGAGAAUCCCUGAGCAAGAAGAACGUAGGCAUGAGUUUGUAUGACAGCAUAAUAUGGCGGUAUGAUUGUGAAAUCAGUCUAAUUGGUUUCUGAUGAGUUUGUAAACACCACAGUACAAAAAUGUCAGAUGCUGUCUUAAUGAUGUUUUUCAAUAUGUCAGGGAUGUGUUGUGUUAAUGGGAAUGGGAAAUCCUAUAUCUCAGACCUCCUCUCCUAUGCUGUAAAAAGAGAAGGCUCAUCAUAGUUUACUCUUCUAUUAUGCACUUUUAAGAAAGGAAGGUCUGUCUGUUUGUAGCUUUAAAAUCACUUGCAUGUUGACACCAAAAAGAUCAUUACUCCAAUUAUGCUUCAUAGUUACCGUAGUUUCAGAUCUUAAUCUCCCGAUUCCCCAACUCUUUGUAUUUCAUGUGUAUUUCAUGUGUAAAAUAUGAAAAUAGAAUAUUGUAGUAUAUAGAAAGUCAAUAAGAUGAAAUUUUUUCAAAUAUACAUCAAUACUGUGCUAAAAUGUGUCUUAAGGAGUUUGACUCCUCUGCAUGUGCUUUGAAAGGAGUAAAAUUACUAUGCACAAAAUGAUGAUGAAGUAUAAUAAAUGACAGACUUUUUAUGUAUUGUCAAAGGCUUCCAUGGAUGGAAUCACUGGGUUGUUGUAGGUUUUUCGGACUGUAUGGCCAUGUUCUAGAAGCAUUCUCUCCUGACAUUUCGCCUGCAUCUGUGGCAGGCAUCCUCAGAGGUUGUGAGGUCUUGUUUUAAUUUUCCCAUCACUGUAAUAUUAUGCAGGUGCUCAGUAGCUUUAACAAUAAACAGAUCUUACAUAUUCUCUAA